GGCUUCCGGCCGCGGCGGCCCUAGCGCCGCGCGACCGGAGAGAUCGCCUGGUUUCGAGCGGAAUGCGGUGCUGAGGAGCGACAGACCCUACGACGGCGCCAUGAACCUCCUGCCGUGUAACCCCCACGGCAACGGGCUGCUGUACGCCGGCUUCAACCAGGACCACGGGUGUUUUGCAUGUGGAAUGGAAAAUGGAUUCCGAGUCUAUAAUACCGAUCCACUCAAAGAAAAAGAGAAACAAGAAUUUUUAGAAGGAGGAGUUGGCCAUGUGGAAAUGUUAUUUCGCUGUAACUAUUUAGCUUUAGUUGGCGGUGGAAAAAAACCGAAAUAUCCUCCCAACAAAGUGAUGAUCUGGGAUGAUCUGAAGAAGAAGACAGUCAUCGAGAUAGAAUUCUCCACAGAGGUCAAGGCUGUCAAGUUACGGAGAGAUAGAAUUGUGGUGGUUUUGGACUCCAUGAUUAAGGUGUUCACAUUCACACACAAUCCCCAUCAGUUGCACGUCUUUGAAACCUGCUAUAACCCUAAAGGCCUCUGUGUCCUGUGUCCCAACAGUAACAACUCCCUUCUUGCCUUCCCUGGCACUCACACUGGCCACGUACAGCUUGUGGACCUGGCCAGCACUGAAAAGCCUCCAGUGGACAUUCCCGCACAUGAGGGUGUCCUGAGCUGUAUUGCUCUCAACCUGCAGGGAACAAGAAUUGCAACUGCGUCUGAAAAAGGGACCCUUAUAAGAAUAUUUGAUACUUCAUCAGGGCAUUUAAUCCAGGAGCUACGAAGAGGAUCUCAAGCAGCUAAUAUCUAUUGCAUCAACUUCAAUCAGGACGCUUCUCUCAUCUGUGUGUCCAGUGAUCACGGCACUGUGCACAUUUUUGCAGCUGAAGAUCCAAAAAGGAAUUGUGCAGAUGGCAGCUACUACAAGUUCCUGUUCAGUCCUAAGGGUGAGUGUGUCCGGGAUGUCUGUGCACAGUUCCUGGAGAUGACCGAUGACAAGCUGUGACUGUGCCUGUGAGCCCAGGUGAUGCCACCACCCAGCCGCCCUGUGGAUUCCUGGGGCUGGUGCCAGUGCCCCGGGGGAGGGGCUCAAGGCCCCCCUCGAGGACCUUGGUCUCGAAGCCAUACGUGGUUGUCUGCCUUCCUGAGCAAGGCUUCUCAUCCCAUAUUAAAGGAUCAUCACCAUGGUUCUGCAGACACUCCGUGGCUGUGGGCGUCCCGUGCCCUUGCUGGCCACUACCCUUUAAUUCACCUGUGAUGCUAGCAUUAGUGGCACCACCAUAUUCAUGCCAGUAGGCUCCCUGCAGUCCCCUGGGAACUAUCCAAGCACGAAUCAGUGGAAGCUUGUAGGAUGAGUGUGUCAGGGCUCAAAUACUAGAUAGUUCCAAUGAGAUAACACUAUCAGCUUGUCUGGUAGAACACCCUCUGCCUCACAUGAGGAGCACUGUUCAGAGCACACACUGGGGAAUUCUGACUUUGGCCAUUAGAACAAGUCACAUCCCAGACCUGCCAGAGAACAGAAUGCUUGUGGCACCCAUUCAGGCUGCAGGGGGGCAGGGUCUUCUGGUUUUGUUUGGGUUAAAACAGAACUUUCCCAUUACCUUUAGGGAACAGAGUAACACAUAGUCUUUAAAAAUCAGUCCCAGAAGAAAGCAUUACUUUACUUAGGGGCCUUCUCAGUGCAGUGUCCAUGUGCCUCUAGCUCCCAUUGGUGUGGAGGGUACUGCCUUGGCCUGUGGCGUCUAUCCUGUCUCAUCUCUCCCAGCAUCCAUAGGAACACACUAACAUUGGGAUGGCAGGCACAUCCUGGUACUGACACAGGCUGUAGAGUCUGUGUUUCUGUACCACUUGAGGUAUAUGUUUAGGUUUUUUUUUUUUUUACAUAUCUUCUAAGAAGCUCAGUUUUGCGGUUUUGAUUUCAGGUUGCAAACAUUUAAAUUGUGCACAGCAACAGGUUCUCAGUUCUGCCAGUUCCUUUAUGCUCCUGUAAUCGGCUAACUGUGGAUUUGAUGUCAAGUAUGCAUGUUACCUUAUGUGUAUUUAAUCAUGAAACUUAAUUUUGCACACUCGUUUGUACUGUUUUCUUUGAAAUAAAAGUGACUAAUUUUGUCGUA